GCGCUCCCUAAAUUGCUGACCUCCUGUCCAAAUCGCCGAGAGUUCUUGACCUGAGGGUGUGCCAUCCGCCAUCGGGAAUCAUCGUCCGCCUCCGAAGCCCCCCGCCGUGUUAGGUGGACCCUGAACCGCCCGGGUAAUCGGGGUGACAACAUGGCCUCUGUGAAACUGGGCCAAAGGGUCCAAAUCAAAGACAAGGAUCUAGUGGGUCAAGUGGCCUUUGUGGGCAUGACCGAGUUCGCCACGGGAAAAUGGAUUGGCAUCAUCCUGGAGGAGCCCAAGGGCAAAAACAACGGCUCCGUCCAGGGCAAGGCCUACUUCAAUUGUCAAGAGAAACACGGCAUGUUUGUGCGACAAACCCAAAUCGUUUUGCUGGAUGGGAGUACCCCGGGAGGAUCCCGAUCGUCCUCUCGAGCCUCCUCCACCGCUGAUUUGAGUCCGGGCGACGGGGCCACGCCUGGAUCCUCGGCCAAAAAGACCACCCCCACCAAGUUAGGCGCCACUUUGGGCGGGGUUACGCCCCGAUCAGUGAUUCCUAAGACGGCCUUGUCCGGUCCAGGUGGGAGCCGUUUACCCAUGCCCGGCAAAGGUCCCACGGGAUCACGCAGCCCGUCUUAUACUAAUUUGAAAGCGGCCAAGGCUCAAAAAGAAGCCGUUACGCCCCAUGCCGGCAUGAGAAAAGAGCGUUCUUUUGUGGAGAAAGAUUUUGUGGAAACUCGUAAACAGACCCAACCUACCAUGACCACACCCUCAACCACCGCUUCGGGCUCCCCGCGUACUUCGAUAUCGGGCACGCCCGGCGGAGGAGCCAUUCACGCGGGUUCUCCCGCGUUAAAUGACAGGCUGGAAGAAAAAGUGGCCAAUCUACAAGCUCAGCAGGAGCUCAUGGCCAGUCAAGAGACCAUUCGCGAUUUGGAAGAGAAACUCGAGACCUUGAAGAUCAAGCGAGCGAAGGAUCAAGAGAAACUCAAGGACUUUGAAAAGAUUCGGAUCCAACAUGAGCAGCUAUCCGAAUUUAAGGUCCGCAUCAUGGAAUCACAGGCUCAAUUGCAGAAGGAGUUGCAAAAAGCCAAGCACGAAACCCGAGAAGCCAUUGAGGCCAAGGAACAACAUGCCGAAGAAAUGCGAGAACUCUCCGAAACCGUUGAGAUGGCCACUUUAGACAAGGAGAUGGCGGAAGAAAAGGCCGAGACCUUGCAAAUUGAGUUGGAUUCCGCCAAAGAGAAGAUUGAAGAGCUUCAGCUCGAUCUCGAUAUUAUCAAAACUGAAAUGGAGGAUGGCGGUGGGGAAGGUGGAAACGGUUCGAGUGGCGGGGAUGGGGGUGACAAGGCCAUGACCAAUUUUGAGGUCAAGCAACAAAUCGCCCAAAAUGAGAAACUCCGGGAUACGUUGGUCAAGAUGAGAGAUCUGUUAGCGCAUGAGAAAAAUGAGAAUAGCAAGAUGACCAAAGACCUGGAGGAAAAGAAUGCCGAACUCGAGAUCUUGAACAAGCAAAAUGACAAGGGAACGAAGCAAAAUGAUGAACUAGAAGCUACUAUCUCGGACCUCCAAGAGCAAGUAGACGCUGCGUUGGGCUCGGAAGAGAUGGUUGAGAACUUGACAGUCAAGUGUCUGGAUUUGGAAGAGAAACUGGCCGCAUUGGAAGAAGAAAGAGAUGAUUUGGAAAAACUGCAUGAAAUGAAUGAAGAGCUGCAAGAAAACACUCGAGAAGUUGAACUGCAAUUGCGAGAAGAUCUGGAAUUGACUCAAAGCAAGAUGCGAGAAAUGAUUCGAGCACGUGAUGCCGCCUACGAAAUCAUCGGUGAUCACGAAACCACCAUCAAGAAGUUCCGUGAGCUCGUAAAUAAAGUCCAGGAGCAAAACAUUGAGCUCCGGUCGUCCUUGGAGAAAGAAACCAACAAGCCCGUGGCCACACCUACUGAGAUGAUUGAUUUCAAGAAGAUGUUUGCCGAGACCAAAGCCCACAGUAAGGCUAUCGAGAUGGAGUUGAGAAAUUGCGAGGUCCAACAAGCCAAUCAACAUGUGCGUUAUCUGUCCUCGUACAUGGGAGAUUCAUUCAUGACUCGAGGUGGCGACAACGAAGCGGUUCUCAUUAUCCUUUUGAUCCCACGCAUGAUGUGGAAAGCCAACAUUCUGAUUUCCCAAAUCAAGGAGAGCUUCCCCUCUCCUGACAAAAUUGACCGAGAUAGUUUGCUCAAAGGUCAUAGCGUUGAGAAGUUCACUUUCGGCAAUCAAAUGCUGCAUAUCUUAGAGGCUCUGGUAGCCCAGUUGUCUCAAUUCGCUUCAGCUUUGAAUACCUGCUCUCCCGAAACAUUUUUGAGGAUUGGAACGCUCUAUCCGGAAAUGUCUGUCCAUGAGCGAUCUAUAGAUUUCUACAUUGAGCUACUACGAAAAGCAACUUUGGAUGAAAACGUUCCCUUUGACAAUAUUGAGAAGAGUCUGAAUUACUUUCAACAUAUUUACCCUCUGCACUUAUCCGCCGAGAAAUUGGAUCACCCCUCGUUCCUUUCCAAUCAUCUCAAGACCCUCCACUCGGGUAUGGCUUGUCUCACCUCCGAUAUCGCCAUCGGCAAGUUACUUUUAGCUGAAGGUCAAGAGAACACGGAGAUCGGCACCUUGUUUAAAACUGCCGAAUUAGAAGUCAAUGAGAUCAGACAGAUUGUCAAGACCAUGAAACGUCGAAUGCCCCAUGAUGGAAGUGAUGCGCUUGUGACUUUCCCCAAUUCGACCGCGGCUCGAAUCUCGGACCUGAGCAAAUCCAUCACUCCCUUAGCCCGAGCUUUCCAUCUCUUUGGCAAGAUGGCCGCUCAGCAAGCUGGAAUUCAAGGAGAGCCCACUCUACCCGCCAUCAAGCUCUCGGAACUGAUUCAUCAAGCAAUUGACAAGGUGUUCGAGUUCAAUGAUGCCGGGUUGGAAACCAUUAAAUCAACCCUCAGUAAUUCCUUGUCUAGAAUCACGGAAUUGAACACGGCUUACCAGGAAGGAGAAUGGGACUUAGAAUCCAUGCCACCGAGGCCAACACCUCCCGUCGUCUUAAGGGCGAACGCCUAUAAAGCCGAGCUUAAAGAGGCGGAGAGCCUAAAGGCCAAGUUGGAAAAUAAGGAUCUGGAUAUCAAGGAGCUGAAAUUGACUUUACGCGCUAAGAGCGAGGAAAUCUCGGAGAUGCAAGUGAGGAAGGACAAGGCUGAGAAGAAGUUAUUGGAUACCUCUCGAGAUUCCGAGCUAAUGCGUGAAAAGAUGCAACGAAAGGUGGACGAUCUCCAAGUUCUAUUGAAGCGGAAAGAGAAGGAAUUCGAGGAGACCAUGGAUCACCUUCAAAACGACAUUGACAGCUUAGAGAGUGAACGAGGAGAAUUGAAGAACAAGCUUAAGGAUAUCACCAAGAAGACUCUCAUCGAAGGUAUUACCAAAAGUCAUGCUCUUUCUGGAGCUUCUGGACCAACUUCGUUGGGACCUUCAAUUUCUACCCCGGUGAAGGACUCGCCAAUGUUGGUUCAGCACUUGCAAGAGCUUCAGGCCAGCUUUUUCGCUCUAAAGGCCAAAUCUUACGAAAGAGAAAGCGAAGACCUGAGGCAACGGUUGGCCAAAUUGCCGCCUUUGACUUUGCCCAAGAAGCAUUUCCGAACGUCACUCGAGGUCGAAGAACAGGAGAAAGGUGAUGCCCCCAAGGAAACCCCCAACGAGCUUGCUGAUGUAAUGAAGAAGGUCACUCACCUAAGAAGCCAAGUCAACCAAGCCUUGGUGGCUCCGUCCGUGGUUGAUCUGAGGAAGAAAACCGGAGCAGAAACUUCGUUAUUGACCUUGGCCUCACAGAAAAUCCAAAGAGAGAAGCUGGCCGAUGAAGUGGAUCGCCUUCGGUUGGAGAUCGCAGGA